AUGAACGAGACGACGCUCAGACCCGGAACCUCCGCGAGGAUGCCCAAGCUGGGCUUUGGCGUGUACCAGCUCAGGGGAGAAGAAUGCGCGAGAGCUUGUCUCGCGGCUCUGGAGAGCGGGUAUCGACAUCUUGACUCAGCGCAAUUGUAUGGCAACGAGGAGGACGUAGGCAGGGCCCUGCAUCAGUAUCUGCAGCAAACCAAUACCUGUCGCGAAGACAUCUUUGUAACGACAAAAAUAGGUCGCCACGGCGACUCGGAAGAAGCGACAUAUCGGAGCGCCCUGCGUAGCGUUAAGCGGAUCACUGGCGAAAAUGGUUACGUCGACCUCUUUCUCGUACACCGACCCAUCGAGAGACGGAGGGAGGUCUGGCUGGCGCUGGAAAGGUUGCUUGCGGAGGGCAGAACGAGGUAUAUUGGGGUGAGCAACUUCCGGAUCGAGCAUAUCGAGGAGAUGAAGGGGUAUGCGAGGGUGUGGCCGCCGGCUGUCAACCAGAUCGAGACGACCGAAAGAGCCCAGGUUCUCUUCUACACAGACUCAAGACACAGAGUUCCUCUAGCUACCCCGCUGGCUGCUAUGAUCCGCGUCCCGCUGUCGUGGCAUCGCAGCUCAACCCACCCCUUGUUUCCCGACGAGAGAUAUUCCGCCAUCCGCCGCGUAUUCGAAUCGUCGUCGAGCCACCCUUCGAAGCGAUACUUCUGUGGCUUCUGCGGCACGCCGUUGUCGUACUGGACUGAGCUCCCACACACCGAAGCCGACUAUAUCCAUCUUACCUUGGCCAGCUUGUGCGGCCAAGACCUGCGAGAUCUAGAGGACCUAGGCCUGAUCCCCGAGCAGGAAGAGACGGAACAACAGCCCGCUGUCCCGACAACUGUCACUGUAGUUGGACGGGAAACCCGCGGCGUUCCAUGGUUUGACAACAUGAUCGAGGGCUCCCGUUUGGGCAACCUGCGUCGCAACCAAGUCGUAGACCACAGUAGUAGGGACGGGGGAAACAUCAGGGUCGAAUGGGAAAUUGUGGAAUGGACCGACGCCGAUGAUGGAAACGAUCUGGCCUCAGAGACAGAAGAUGUAGACAUGACGACAGGCAACCUCGGGAACGGGAAGCGCAAGCUAGGAGAACGAGACGAUGCAGAUGCGGCUGUGGAGGGCAUGCAGUGA